AUGGCUGAAGUCGAUCACGAGAUCAACAUUGUUGCGGAUGAGCAGGCUCUGGAAGACAGCCGAGCAGAUAUUGAAAGCAUUGCUUCUUCGAGCACCAGCCUCAGUGGCUCAAUCUUGUACUAUCGGUUCGAAAAUGGACGGACGUACCAUCGCUACAAAGACGGGACCCUCGGUGGUCGUAUCGGACUAGCACCUCCAUGCCAGCCUGGUGUCAAGGUUAACAGGUUAUUGGAUGUUGGUACGGGCAGGGGAAUCUGGGCUAUUCAGUUUGGCGACGAUCACCCCGAAGCCGAGGCAAGCUCAAAAGUUCUCGGCGUUGAUUUAUCUGCUACGCAACCAGGCAUCGUAGCUACGAAUGUCAAGUUCGAAAUCGACGACAUUGACGAGGAGUGGACGUAUACCACCCCGUUCGACUACAUUCACAGUCGCUUCAUGUCGUCAAGCAUCGCAGACUUGGAGGCGUACCUCACUAAAUGUUUCAAUCACAUCCAACCUGGCGGCUAUCUAGAGUUGCAGGAGCCAGAGAUGGAGUUCCAGUCCGACGACGGCACGUUUCCUGCCGAUUACCCCUUGGCCAAGUACGGUAACCUCCUCAAGGAGGCCGCGGCCAUCUUUGGGCGAGAGUACGUCUCGGUGUCUUCCUUGAAGACACUGAUGGUCGAGGUGGGCUUCAAGGACGUGACGCUGAGCCGGUACAAGUGGCCCAUCACACGUGGCCCAAAGAUCCUUCGUUCAAGGAACUGGGCACUUGGGGCUUUGAGAAAAGCAAUGCUGGUUUAG